GGAAGAGGGAUGCUGCCUUAAAACAUUGGGGGAUGUGCGCAGGGUCAAUGCACCCAUUGAUGGAGCACAAACUCCGCUCUGGAAUCCCCAUCACGUCAUCGCCGUAUUGUGAGUAUAUAGGCCACUCGCAAAAACCGAAAGGAACUAUAAAUAAGCCACACAUCAAUUGAAUUUACAUCAAGAUGUCGACCGAGGGCGAAUACGAGUCGAUCCUUUGCGUUAAACCCGACGUCAACGUUUAUCGAAUACCACCGAGGGCUACAAAUCGUGGAUACAGGGCAGCAGACUGGAAGCUGGAUGUUCCCGAUUGGUCAGGGCGCAUGCGGAUAACGGCGAAGGGGAAAGUGGCCUACAUCAAACUGGAAGACAAAGUCUCAGGGGAGCUGUUUGCUCAGGCCCCUGUCACUGAGUAUCCCGGCAUCGCAGUUGAAACCGUAAGCGACUCCAGUCGCUACUUUGUCUUGCGAAUACAGGAUGACAAUGGCCGCAGUGCUUUUAUUGGCGUUGGAUUCGCGGACAGAGGGGACUCUUUUGACUUCAACGUGUCUUUGCAGGACCACUUUAAGUGGGUGAAACAAGAGAAUGAGAUCAGCAAAAACCCUCAGGGUGCAGCUUUGGGACCAAAGCUGGACUUGGGAUUUAAAGACGGACAAACCAUCACCCUUAAUAUUGGGCAAGGCAAAAAGAGGGAUAAGCCACGCCCACAGGGGGCAGGUGGGCUCGGUCUCCUACCGCCGCCACGAAAAGGAAAGAUGGCUCCUCCUCCUUCCUCUGCCUUCUCCAAUCACAACACUGUGCCUCAAACAGGAGGCUCAGAUACGGGCUGUUUGCUAGAUCUGGACAGUAGUAACUCCAACACUGUGGUCCAAUCAUCCAACCCCAGCAGUGAUCUUUGGGGAGACUUCUCCUCCCCUGCAAGUUCGCUCCCUCCAACAUCGCGACAAGAGCACACGCCGAAUUGGGGCCGGUUUUGAGUCCACAUCAUCGCCUUUCUCCUUGGUCUCCACCGCUGAACGCAACGCCUCCCUCCGUCGCUACAAACACAGUCAAAGCAAAGAGCAAGAGACGAAGAACACCAUGUACGUCUAGAAAGUCUUCAUCAAAUCUAAGAAUGGACGUACACUACAAUCUCCUCCCAAAGUAACAAAAAAUAAUAAUAAUGAAGUAAUAUUCGGGAUAAUAAUGCAAAUAUUCAAUAUUUGGUCAUAUGAGCUUUAUGGUAGGUCUGCAAUAUAUCCUAAGGGCUAUGAUGAUAGGAUCUUCAGUAGCAGCAAUUUUACAGUACUGUUUUUUACCCGGUAACCUCUUGUUAGUGUUUACCUAAACAUCCCUACAUACUUGAUUCUUAGAGAGGGGAACCCAUAGGGAACGACAAUCUUUCCCAUAGGGUUUGCCUCUGAUCAUAAUAGGGAACGACAUUCGUAGUAAAUAAUUGUGAAAAGGAAUGGCUCAGACACUCGCCCAAUUUUUUCCCCCGCCCCCGUUCUCCUCAGUGUGCAAUCGUUCACUCCCCCUCAAUGAUUUUAAAGCAUUGGAUGAGCGUAUGCAUUGGCUGGAGGGAAUCGAUCAUAUUCCUUGUGAUUGCAUGCAAACUAUAGGCUUUUUUUGGGAGAAGGGGAAGAACUGGAAUAGGGCUCAUAUUGAUGAACUUAUCUGUUUCCAUUGUACUGACUGCCUCACACUUGGCCUGUUUUAAAGACGGAAGAGCAUGUAUUCUUGUUAACUUUGCUGCAGAGGACUUGACACAGCCCUCUACAGUCCAUUUGUAAGUAGGUAGUUGUGAUGUAGUGUACUUUGGAUGGAAAUGGGUAAAAAUCCCUACUUGUAAUGAAAAGAACAUACAGUUGAAGUCGGAUGUUUACAUACACCUUAGCCAAAUACAUUUAAACUCAGUUUUUCACAAUUCCUGACAUUUACUCCUUGUAAAAAUUCCCUGUCUUAGGUCAGUUAGGAUCACCACUUUAUUUGAAGAAUGUGAAAUGUCAGUAUAAUAGUAGAUAAUUAUUUAUUUCAGCUUUUAUUUCUUUCAUCACAUUCCCAGUGAGUCAGAAGUUUACAUACACUCAAUUAGUAUUUGGUUUUGUUGCCUUUAAAGUUUUUUACUUGGGUCAAACGUUUCGGGUAGCUUUCCACAAGCUUCCCACAAUAAGUUGGGUGAAUUUUGGCCCAUUCUUCUUGACAGAGCUACUGUAACUGAGUCAGGUUUGUAGGCCUCCUUGCUUGCACACGCUUUUUCAGUUCUGCCCACAUAUUGUCUAUAGGAUUGAGGUCAUGGCUUUGUGAUGGCCACUCCAAUACCUUGACUUUGUUGUCCUUAAGCCAUUUUGCCACAACUUUAGAAGUAUGCUUGGGGUCAUUGUCCAUUUGGAAGAACCAUUUGCAACCAAGCUUUAACUUCCUGACUGAUAUCUUGAGGUGUUGCUUCAAUAUAUCCACAUAAUUUUCUUUCAUCAUGAUGCCAUCUAUUUUGUGAAGUGCACCAGUCCCUUCUGCAGCAAAGCACCCACACAACAUGAUGCUGCCACCACCAUGCUUCACGGUUGGGAUGGUGUUCUUUGGCUUGCAAGCCUCCCCCUUUUUCCUCCAAACAUAACAAUGGUCAUUAUGGCCAAACAGAUCUAUUUUUGUUUCAUCAGAGCAGAGGUCAUUUCUCCAAAAAAUAUGAGCUUUGUCCCCAUGUGCAGUUGCAAACCGUAGUCUGGCUUUUUUAUGGCGGUUUUGGAGCAGUGGCUUCUUCCUUGCUGAUCGGCCUUUCAGGUUAUGUCGAUAUAGGACUUGUUUUACUGUGGAUAUAGACACUUUUGUACCUGUUUCCUCCAGCAUCUUCACAAGGUCCUUUGCUGUUGUUCUGGGAUUGAUUUGCACUUUUCGCGCCAAAGUACGUUCAUUUCUAGGAGACAGAACGCGUCUCCUUCCUGAGCGGUAUAACAGUUGCGUGACUCCAUGGUGUUUAUACUUGCGUACUAUUGUUGAUACAGAUGAACGUGGUACUUUCAGGCGUUUGGAAAUUGUUCCCAAGGAUGAACCAGACUUGUGGAGGUCUACAAUUCUUUUUCUGAGGUCUUGGCUGAUUUCUUUUGAUUUUCCCAUGAUGUCAAGCAAAGAAGCACUUGAAAUGUCAAGAUAGGCCUUGAAAUCCAUUCACCUCAAAGUGACUGAAAUGAUGUCAAUUAGCCCAUCAGAAGCUUCUAAAGCCAUGACAUAAUUUUCAGGAAUUUUCCAAGCUGUUUAAAGGCACAGUCAAAUUAGUGUAUGUAAACGUCUGACCCACUGGGAUUGUGAUACAGUGAAGUAUAAGUGAAAUCAUCUGCCUGGAAAAAUGACUUGUGUCAUGCACAAAGUAGAUGUCCUAACCGACUUGCCAAAACUAUAGUUUGUUAACAAGAAAUUUGUGGAGUUGAAAAACAAGUUUUAAUGACUCCAACCUAAGUGUAUGUGAACCUCCGACUUCAACUGUAGGUGUAAAACUAAUGAUAUUCGCAAAAGUGCUUUUCAAUGUUUAAUUUGUAUGAGUUUUAAAGAAGUAGCCUGCGAUGCCAGAUCUGUGUCCGCCUACUCCUCCAAUCUGGCAACCAGGCUGUGAAGUGAUGAUUGUCUAACACAGAGUAAUAUGAAUGUGUAACAACUGCAACUAUUGUUGUCGAGGAUGUGCUGUGUUGUACAUCGAUGAACGCUGCUGUGAUUGAAUACGUUGCCUCAUGUCAAAAGUGUUUGUUUACCUUCCCCAUAAUACGGUUUCAGAUGGCUCUGUCAUUCCACAGCUACUGUAAUUUCACCAGACGCGUAAUUAUGAUUUAUUGCCUCAGUCGUCAUUACUCAUGACGUCUGAAAGUGGCAAUAAAAACCUUCAACGGGA